CUCACACCGCCAUGCUCACCACGAUAUUGAUAUGUAGCGUCUUGGUGGCGGCUGCAAAUGCGCGGCCUGAGUCAGUGCCUAGCCACGUCGCCCCCUCGUACCAGGCACCGGCCCGGCCCGCCCCCGCCUACAACGCCCCCGCGCCAGAUCAUGAUCAGAUUCCAGCACAGUACGACUUCACCUACGACGCCCAGGACCCGUACACUGGCAGAAACUUCGGUCACCAGGAGGUCCGUGACGGGUACAACACCCAAGGCUCGUACUACGUUCCCCUCGCCGACGGCCGCGUGCAGAAGGUCACUUACUACGUCGACGGGGAUUCAGGCUUCGUAGCUGAGAUUACGUACGAAGGAACUGCCACCUAUCCAGACCCUGCUCCUUCUUACGAUCCCAAGCCUACUUAUUCUCAGCCCACACCUGCUCCCACCUAUUCCUAGAUCUCGUCCGGACCUCAGAGUUUUCAUGUGAUGUUAAUGUGAUAUUUGUAUAUAAAGUUAUUCAAGCUUG